AUGGUUGAAGCAACAAAACCUAUUUCCGAUGUCAAAGACACGAAAAAGAAGCUCCCUCAUGGAGUAGACGUGUAUAAGGAAGAUCUCGAUGGAGAAUAUUGGUGGUUAAAAGAUAACGAUUAUUUAUAUCGCGGGUACAGAACAAAAUUAUCGUUUGGAGAGGCAUUUCGGAGCAUUUUUCGAAGUAAUAAUGAAACAAUGAAUAUAUGGACGCAUGUUCUCGGCUGUCUGUUAUUUAUUUUCCUCAUCUAUCUCACAUAUGCAAUUCCGGUUGAAAACAUUUUUACUUUGAGGAGUGAUGUCACGAAAGCAAACGCUGUGCUGCAGUGCUCCUCAAAGAACCUAGCAGAUGUCGUAAAAGAAGAAUAUGUGGUGAACGCCACCUGUGUGGAAGUUGCUUCGCGAGACGAAAACAUUGCCGAAGAAUUUUCCGCCCUAUUCUAUUAUCUAUCCCACGAGAAUCACUCCUCCGUAUUGGAUAGUCUAAAGGAUUCAGCCCACACCUUCUUCUCUUGGUACGAAUCAUCGAACAUGACCGUUCUCACCACGGACGUAAUGAACGCUCUGAUCUCGACCUUGCAGUCCGUCUAUCACUACCUGCUGUCCUACGCGGAUGGAUCCAACGUGUACGUAGAGAAAUCUGCAUCGGUCGUGGAAGUGCUUCGCGGAGAUCUCGAAGAAAUGAAUCACAAAGUGGUCGGUCAUGUUCCUCGCUGGCCCAUUAUCGUUUUUGUUUGUUGUGCCAUUUGGUGUCUUGGAGGCAGUGCGAUUUACCACCUCUUUUAUUGCUGCAAUUUUAUCGUUUCCAACAUCCUGCAGACACUCGACUACUGUGGAAUCUGCAUCCUCAUCUCUGGUUCGUAUGUGCCUGUCAUGUACUACAGUUUCUAUUGCUAUCCGGACCAUUUGAAGCUCCACCUCACCAUCGUCAUCAUUCUAAACGUUAUCAAUGUUUGUGUCAUGGCCACACCGAAGUUUAGGUCCUCUUCUCGAUCUCCAUUCACACGUAGACAGCCAGAAUAUCGCUCUGUGCGAGCACGAUCGUUCACACUCGUAGCGUGCUAUGCAGUGUUUGCAUUGAUCGAUUUGUACCAUCUCGACGGACUCAGCAACCCGCUCUUCCGCGUUAUGGGGUGGUAUAUCGCGGGAAUGGGAGGCACCUACAUCCUGGGAGCCAUCUUCUAUGGAUCGCGGUUCCCGGAGAAGUAUUGGCCGGGGUACUUUGACUAUGUGGUAUGGAUUGGGGGAUCGGGUGAUUGGGUAGUUCUCUUCUCAUCAACUUUUCCAUGUAUGUAUUGUGAUAGCUGCGCUCUUCCAUUAUGUCGGAUGUUACCAGGUGUUCGUGGAUCGAUUUAA